AGUGGCCAGGUGUUGUUGUUUGCCUAGGCGUGGUGAGUGCGGUGCGGUGCGGUGGUUGGAGCACGCGUGCAUGCUAGUAAUCUACUCUAUCAGCUCGGUCCAGGCCUGCACUCCUCUGCCGCGUGCACCACUGCCUCUGUCUACGAGUGUGUUUCAUUUAGCGACCACGGCCUCAUGUGAGCAUGGCAGCUUCCAUUCAUUCAUUCAUUCAUUUCAUGGGCUGGUUCAUGGCCAUGGUGUGAUUCUAGUUUAGUUACUGCACAGCACAGCAGCUCCAUCUCCAUCUCCAUGUCUAUGGACGGCACUUCCCUCGUUCCACUUCCAACUUCAACUUGAAGCGUGGCGUGCCACCAUGCAUGCAUCGUCCUUGUCAAGCAGGCUUAAUGCUGCCAUUAACUACCUCCUUCCUUUCUCGCUGCCAUCCUCCGCCAUAAAUCCUUGCUCCCGUCUCCAUGGAUCCCUAGAAGCAGAGCACGGCAGAGCAGACGCCACUCUCUUCUUGCAUAAUUUUCAUCUGCGCAACCUCUCGAUCGAAUCGCCUCAACUGUAGCCGCCGUGAUGGAGGAGCCACCACUUACACCGCCGCGCAACAAGGCCGAGGAGAUCAAGUCGCCGCCGACACCGCGGGAGGCCCUCAAGACGAGCUCGCUCUCCCUGCAGCGCAAGAAGCUCGGCUCCCACUUCCUGGAGAGCGACGAGCGCCGCCGCUUCUACAACGCAUCCUCCUCCUCCGCCGCAGUGGGCACGACGCCGCUGGACAUCCGGGGCUUGCCGAUCCCAGAGCGCGACCUGCCGCGCACGGGCGGCUGGGUGGCCACCUUCUUCAUCUUCGGCAACGAGACGGCGGAGCGGAUGGCCUACUACGGCCUCAGCGUCAACAUGGUGGUCUUCAUGUUCAAGGUCAUGCACCUCCCCUUCGCCGCCUCCGCCAACGCCGUCAACAACUUCCUCGGCAUCUCCCAGGCCUCCUCCGUGCUCGGCGGCUUCCUCGCCGACGCCUACCUCGGCCGCUACUGGACCAUCGCCGCCUUCACCACGCUCUACCUGCUGGGCCUCAUCGCGCUCACGCUCUGCGCCACGCUCCCGGCGCUCGUCCCCGCCCAGGACGGCUGCGACAAGCUCGCCAUGCUGCUCGGCGGCUGCGCGCCGGCGGAGCGGUGGCAGAUGGCGUACCUCUACACGGCGCUCUACGUCACGGCGUUCGGCGCCGCGGGGAUCCGGCCGUGUGUGUCCUCGUUCGGGGCCGACCAGUUCGACGACCGGAGCGCGGGCUACAAGCGCCGGCUGGACCGCUUCUUCAACCUCUUCUACCUCGCCGUCACGGUGGGCGCCAUCGCCGCCUUCACGCUGGUGGUGUACAUCCAGAUGCACCGCGGCUGGGCGGCCGCGUUCGGCGCGCUGGCGCUCGCCAUGGGCGCCUCCAACGCGCUCUUCUUCGCGGGCACGCCGCUGUACCGGCACAAGGCGCCGGGGGGCAGCCCGCUGACCAGGGUGGCGCAGGUGCUCGUGGCCGCCUUCCGGAAGCGGAACGCCGACUUCGCAGACGGCGGCUACGUGGGGCUCUACGAGGUGGCCGGGGCCAAGUCGGCCAUCCGCGGCAGCGGCAAGAUCGAGCACACCGACGACUUCCGGUGGCUCGACAAGGCGGCGCUCCGGCUCGACGACGACGACGAAGAGGACCCGUGGCGGCUGUGCACGGUGACGCAGGUGGAGGAGGUGAAGAUCCUGGUGCGGCUGCUGCCGGUGCCGGCGUGCACGGUGAUGCUGAGCGUGGUGCUCACCGAGUUCCUGACGCUGUCGGUGCAGCAGGCGUACACGCUCAACACCGGCCUCCUCGCCGGCGCUGUGCACCUCCCGGUGACCUGCAUGCCGGUGUUCCCCUGCCUGGCCAUCUUCCUGGUGCUGGCGCUCUACUACCAGACCUUCGCGCCGCUGGCCCGCCGGAUCACCGGCCACCCGCACGGCGCGUCGCAGCUGCAGCGGGUCGGCCUGGGCCUCGUCUUCUCCGUCCUCUCCGUGGCCUGGGCGGGCGCCUUCGAGCGGUACCGGCGGCGGUACGCGGCGGAGCACGGGUACCUGGGCCUCUUCCUGUCGCCGAUGCCGGGGCUGAGCGCCUACUGGCUGCUCAUCCAGUACUGCCUCAUCGGGGUCGCCGAGGUGUUUUGCCUCGUGGGCCUCAUCGAGUUCCUCUACCAGGAGGCGCCCGACGCGAUGCGCAGCGUGGGGUCGGCGUACGCGGCCGUCGCCGGCGGCAUGGGCUGCUUCAUGGCCACGGCGCUCAACAACGCCGUCGACGCGGCCACAGGCGACGUCCGGAACGGGAGGCCGUCGUGGCUGGCGCAGAACAUCAACGUCGGGAGGUUCGACUACCUCUACUGGCUGCUGGCCGUGCUCAGCACGAUCAACUUCGCCGUCUUCCUCUACUUCGCCAGCAUCUACAAGUACAGAACGCCGCCGCCGACCACCACCGCCGGCUCCAACAGCAGCAAGGUGGAGGUCUCGGUGGUUUCCGGCCACAAGUGAAGUGAAUGAAUGAAAUACUUGAACAGAACUUGGUUUUUUUGCAGCCAAAUUUCACUUGGAUUAAAUUGUGGACUAAUUUCAACGAGUACACAAUUUGAUCAUCAUUUUCA